AACAGCCAUUUCAUCACGCCAAGCAUAUCCCUCUAAUAUUCUCAUUUGCCUUCCCUAAUAAACUCUCACAUUUUCUUUUUUUUUUCUUGAUACCUUUUCUUCUAAUAAUUACAUUUUCAUUUCUUGAAAAUGAAGUUCGGUAAAAGAUUAAAGCAACAUAUUCAAGAAACACUGCCCGAUUGGCGCGAUAAGUUCUUGUCGUAUAAAGAUUUGAAGAAGCUUGUUCGAUUGAUUUCUUCUGCUCCAUUGCUGUCGAAUGAAUCAACCGAGUAUGGGAAAGUGGAGGCUGAGUUUGUUUAUUUGUUGAACAGCGAAAUCGACAAAUUUAACGCGUUUUUCAUGGAACAAGAAGAGGAUUUUAUCAUAAGAAAUAAGGAGCUACAGCAUAGAAUUGAGAUUGUGAUAGAAACUUGGGGAGAGAAUGGAAGGCAGGCUUCAGAAGAGAAAUACAAGGAGGAAAUGAGCAAGAUUAGAAAAGAUAUUAUCAAUUUCCAUGGAGAAAUGGUGCUCCUAGAACACUAUAGCAAUAUCAACUACACUGGAUUAGGUAAAAUUGUGAAGAAAUAUGACAAGAGAACUGGUGGACUAUUACGGUUGCCCUUCAUUCAGACAGUACUACAGCAACCAUUUUUCACGACGGAUUUAAUCUCAAAACUUGUGAAGGAAUGUGAAAACACAAUAGACGGCGUAUUUCCGGUGAACGAAGUAGAAGAAAAAGUAAGAGAAGGAAUAAUAGUGGCCGGAGAUGAAGGGAUAUUUAGAAACACAGUAGCAGCAUUAAUGAGCAUGCAAGAAAUCAGAAGAGGCAGUUCUACUUACAGCCGCUUCUCAUUGCCGCCGCUUAACUUGCCGGAUUCUGAUCUCAUUCGAUCAUUACACGUCAACUCUCCGAUACCCAUUGUCUGAAAACCCAGUUGGAAGUUAUAUACUAGUUAGAUUUGAUUAGUUUAGCUUGUGUUAUUCUGUCAUACAUUUGUAGUAAAAGUAUUGAUUAACACAAACAUGGUCCAAUUCUCUUGGAUCAUGGAUCGGUUUCUAGUUCAUACGUUCAAUGAGUUUUUCCUUUCCAAUUUUAA